AUGCUGCCUGAAUGUGGCACAGAAAAGGCGGCUAAUCUACCAGUAUGUAUCUAUGUUCAUCUGUUUAUUCAUAUCUUUCUUAGUCUCUUCAUAUCUAUCUAUCUAUCUAUCUAUCUAGCUAUCUAUCAUUGUUUAUCUAUCUAUUUAUCUAUCUUAGUCAUCUCUAUCUAUCUAUCUAUCUAUCUAUCUAUCUAUUUAUCUAUCUAUCUAUCUAUCAUUCUUAGUCAUAUCUAUCUAUCUAUCUAUCUAUCUAUCUAUCUAUCUAUCUAUCUAUCUAUCUAUCUUAGUCAGGUCAUAUCUAUCUAUCUAUCUAUCUAUCUAUCUAUCUAUCUAUCUAUCUUUGUUUGGUCAUAUCUAUCUAUCUAUCUAUCUAUCUAUCUUUGUUUGGUCAUAUCUAUCUAUCUAUCUAUCUAUCUAUCUAUCUAUCUAUCUAUCUAUCUAUCUAUCUAUCUAUCUAUCUAUCUGUCUUUUUUAACACGUUUCUUUAUCACGCCAACAGACGCCUUUCUUUAUCAUGUCAACAGACACGUUUCUUUAUCACGUCAACAGACACGUUUCUUUAUCACGCCAACAGACACCUUUCUUUAUCAUGGCAACAAACAGGUUUCUUUAUCACAUCAACAGACACGUUUCUUUAUCACGCCAACAGACACGUUUCUUUAUCACGCCAACAGACGCCUUUCUUUAUCACGGCAACAGACACGUUUCUUUAUUAUGCCAAUAGACACGUUUCUUUAUCACGGAAACAGACGCCUUUCUGUAUCAUGUCAACAGACACGUUUCUUUAUCACGCCAACAGACGCCUUUCUUUAUCAUGCCAACAGACACGUUUCUUUAUCACGUCAACAGACACCUUUCUUUAUCGCAUCAACAGACAGGUUUCUUUAUCACGCCUACAGACACCUUUCUUUAUCACGGCAACAGACACGUUUCUUCAUCAUGCCAACAGACACGUUUCUUUAUAACAUCAACAGACACGUUUCUUUAUCACGCCAACAGACACGUUUCUUUAUCACGCCAACAGACGCCUUUCUUUAUCACGCCAGCAGACACCUUUCUUUAUCAUGGCAACAAACACAUUUUUUUAUCACGUCAACAGACACGUUUCUUUAUCACGCCAACCGACACGUUUCUUUAUCACGCCAACAGAUGCCUUUCUUUAUCACGCCAGCAGACACCUUUCUUUAUCACGCCAACAAAUACCUUUGUUUAUCACGUCAACAGACAUGUUUCUUUAUCUCGGCAACAGACGCCUUUCUUUAUCAUGUCAACAGACACGUUUCUUUAUCACGCCAACAGACGCCUUUCUUUAUCAUGCCAACAGACACGUUUCUUUAUCACGUCGACAGACACCUUUCUUUAUCGCAUCAACAGACUGGUUUCUUUAUCACGCCAACAGACACCUUUCUUUAUCACGGCAACAGACACGUUUCUUUAUCACGCCAACAGACACGUUUCUUUAUCACGUCAACAGACACUUUUCUUUAUCACAUCAACAGACACGUUUUUUUUUUAUCUCGCCAACAGACGCCUUUCUUUAUCACGCCAGCAGACACCUUUCUCUAUCACGGCAACAGACACGUUUCUUUAUCAUACCAACAGACACGUUUCUUUAUCACAUCAACAAACACGUUUCUUUAUCACGCCAACAGACACAUUUCUUUAUCACGCCAACAGACGCCUUUCUUUAUCAUGCCAACAGACACGUUUUUUUUAUCACGUCAACAGACACCUUUCUUUAUCAUAUCAACAGACUAG